AUGGACGUGUACAUCUCGGAGGAGUACGUGGCCCAGCGGCGCGCCGAGAGGAGGGCCGCGCGGAUUGCCGCGGCUUCUUCACGCAGCGGAGAGGGGAAGGCGCGGGCGGACAGCGAGCAGAAGUGGUGGACGGCGGCCGCGUGGGCGGAGAAGGGCAAGCGGCCUGUCGACGGCGGCAAUGCCGAUACGAACGUCGGCGGUGGCUCCGCCUGGCUGGUAGGGGAGGACGCCGUUCUCAGCUACUUCUCGGCUUAG